AUGACAAGAAGGUCCAAUCCAAAUACAACCAUUGAAGAAGAUCUUGACAUUGAUCAACUUGAGCGCACGCUUAGACGACUAAGGAGAGAAAGAAUGAAUCCAGGCGGAGAAGGCGCGCCGAAUAGGCCAAACAACCCGCCCGACCAAGAGAGGAGAGCCAAUGAUCUUCCUAAUCCAGCAGAAGCUAGAGCUGACCAGCCAGCACCGGCCAGAGACGUUCCUCAGCCCAAUCCGAACGCGCCCGAUGCAGCUGAGCCGCUACAGCCACCUCUUAACCCGCCGCGACCACCACCGGCGUUUGCAAAUGGACAUCAUCGUCACGGUGACAACCAAGGGAUGCCUCAAGACCAACCUCAAGCACCUCCAAGGAGAGUGCCAAACGCGCAGCAUCCAAGGCACCAAACUAUGGGAGACUUUGAUUCUUCCGAUGCUUUCUUUACGGACCGGAAUCCAAUCCGACCGCCUCUACCUCCAAGGAACGAUUUUGAAAUCAAACCACAGAUCAUUGCCUUGGUGAAACAAAACCAAUUCCUUGGUGAUCUAAGCAGCAAGUUUGGGUCUCUCUCUACUCACGUUCAAAAGCUUGAGGUGCAAAUCGCUCAAACAGCCGAGGCGGCCAAGAAACAAAAUGAGGUAAACACUCAAAAAUUUUGUAGUGUUGUCUCAUCUAUAGAUGGCACAAUUGUUCCUACACUAUCUCAAGGGGAAGAAGAAGAAAAUGAGCCUAAGGAGAGGCACAAACCGGAGAGAUACAGUUGGGAAUCAAGAAGAGCUUACAAGAGAAGACUUGAAGGCAAGCCACUACAAAAACAAGAAGAUCCGGGGAAGUUUGUGAUAACUUCAAGUAUCAAUGGCAUUCAACUCCAUGAUUGCCUAUGUGAUACUGGUGCUAAUGUUAAUCUAAUGUCUCUUGCACUUGCAAAAGACUUGGGAUUCAAGGAAUUCAAGAGCCCCAAGAUAAGAGUCGAGUUCGCGGACCUAUCGUGCAUGGAACCUUAUGGAAUGCUUGAAGAUGUCAUGAUGGAAAUAGGAGGUCGAUCGGUCCCAACUGACUUUCAAGUCAUGAUUUGGGAAGGCUCAAAGAGGAAUCAACUGAUUCUUGGAACCCCAUUCCUUGCUACAGCUGGAGCGGUCCUAAACUACUUUGGGAAUCAUCUAUCUUUUGGCCACAUCCGGCAAGAUAUCUUUUUCCCAAGUGUAAAUUUCAGGUCAGUGCCAAGUGCGACCAAGCUACCACCAGAAGAAGCCACUCUCAUACCUAAGAAAGAAGCUAUGCUGCAUGGAGAAAGAAGAGAGAGUGAGCGCUACCCAAAACCAAAGGAGAAGAAGAAAACAUUGGAGCCGAGGCAUGAAAAUGUCUUUAAGGAAAUCAACUCCAUCUUACUUCCAACCUUUGAUGAGUAUGGAGCUGAAGAGGAGACUAAUGGUGCACCUAAUCUCUUUCACAAGAUAAGAAUCUUUACACCAAAAGAUUCGGAGCUUAAAGGUGACCAAUCCAUUGAAGAGAAGCUUGAGAGAACUAUGAAGCUUUUCCCCAAGGCAUUGGUUUUCAAGGAUGAUGUGAGAGAUGAUCAUGGCGCGACAAACCACCACAAGAGCCACUGA